GAGACAGCGAUCAUAAGAGAGUGACGGGACAGAAUCAGCGCAAUGGAGGAAGAGAUCGUGCGAAUUGCAAAGAAAUUUGACAAGAUGGUAUCCAAAAAAUGCACGGAUGGGGCCCUGGACCUGCUCAAGGAGUUGAAGAACAUGUCGAUAACCUUAGAGUUACUUCAGUCUACACGGAUUGGAAUGUCUGUCAAUGCACUGAGGAAGCAGAGUAAUGAAGAAGAGGUCAUAAUGCUGUCCAAAUCUCUUAUAAAAUCAUGGAAGAAGCUCCUGGAUAACUCGGAACAGCGAGGUAAAGAGAAGUCCUCAAACAACCCCACCCCAGCCUCUUCUAAGGAGUCUAGUUCUACAAAGAAGAAUGAUGCUCCAAAACCAUCUCCACCAAGGAUGACUCGUUUCCCACCACUUCCGGUCACCACAGAUUCUGUCCGCACCAAGUGCAGGGAAAUGCUGAUUGCAGCUUUACAAACUGAUGGAGAUCAUGUUGUGAUUGGUUCGGACUGUGAGUUGUUAGCGGCACAGAUAGAAGAUGUUGUUUAUCGUGAGGUUCAAAACACUGACAUGAAAUACAAGAACAGAAUCAGGAGUCGCAUCGCCAACCUCAAGGACUCAAAGAACCCAGAUCUGAGGAAGAAUGUUCUGUGUGGAGUUAUAACACCAGAGCAGAUUGCUGUCAUGAGCUGCGAGGAAAUGGCCAGCAACGAGCUGAAGGAGAUGAGGAAAGCAAUGACCAAGGCUGCAAUCCAGGAGCAUCAGAUGGCAAAGACUGGAGGGACGCAAACUGACCUUUUCUCCUGCGGCAAGUGUAAAAAGAAGAACUGCACCUACACCCAGGUGCAGACACGCAGUGCUGAUGAACCAAUGACCACGUUCGUUGUAUGUAAUGAAUGUGGAAACCGUUGGAAGUUUUGUUGAUGGAUCUAAGGCAUUCCAUCUAAAGCGUCCUAUUCCAAAGCAUAGCAUGAGAAGCAGGAGGAAAUGGCCGGAAGAGUCUAUGCCAUUUAUGCACCACAUCUUCCCUUCAGCUGUAGCAUAUGGCUUAUUUUUUGUUUGUUGGUUAUUUGUUCAAAAAUAUGUUAGUCAAUUUAGAAUUUUGUGGGAUUUUUUUAUUUUUUGCCAUUUUUGUAAAAUAUUUCUAAAACUUUUGCUGCAAAGGUCACACCAGUUAAGUGUGACUAGUUUUUGCUUGCUAGUUGAGGUUUCUUUCAUAAAUGAAUGAAAAAUUCUAAAUGUUGAAUGUAUUUGGACACGUUAUUUGAACUUUGUUAAUUAAAUAUCAUCAUUUACAACUGUGUCAUGUUUGUGCCAUCUGCAUACACAGACAAGAGGAUUCUGGGAUUGGCUCUUAAAAACAUGGGUCCAGGGAGAUUUCAAGACAAUAGGAAAAAUCGGCACUAUCGGCUGGAGGAUAAGUUAGUAGGUUCUAGGAUGAAGCCACCAUCACAGUUAAAAGAUAUGUUUAAAGCAGCAGAGGUGGAAUGACCUACCUGCAGAUGUUCCAAUAGAUUAAGUGAGUAGGCCGCUGGUAGUGAAUCAUUUGCCUAAAUGGAAAAUAAAAAUGUUCAAAGUAUAAUGGCACUAAAGAAUUAAAUAACAAAAGUAGUGCAAUAUAAAUGAAAAUAAUGUGAAAUGAUACACUAACAAUUUCUGUUGAUAAUAUCUAUUUGGUAAGCUGAUGUGUGAUGUCAAUGCUCACACAAUUCUUGGCACCAGUUAUGAUUUUCAAACUGGUGUUCCAUUUCCAUGCUCCUUAUAUUGAUGGUUCAAACAAAUAACAUCAUACAUGACACUACAAUAAAAUCUCUAUUAAAAGUCACUUGGGGCUUAAAUAUAGAUCAUGUAUUGUUUUAUCACUGUUCUUUGUUUUCCUCCCUCAAUAUCGUUUUGCAAAUGUCUUUACUUAUUCUGGUUAACAUUACUGAUGUUAUUAUGCAAAAUAUAUUGUAUUGUGCUGUCAGUUGUUAAUCUUUUCAAUAAACAAAAUACAAUUUAAAAGAAAA